AUGACAGGUCGGGCCGGGCCCGGGCGCGGGAAGAGACCCCGCAGAAAGGGCGCGGGCGCGAGCCCCCCAGGCCAAAGCGCGGCGCGGGCGUCUCCCCCUCCCCCCGCCGGCGGGCGACCCUCGAGGAGUGGGCGCCGGGGCUGCGCUGUCGGGGCUGGGCGGGGGGGAGGGUGCAGGCAGCGAGGGAGGCCCGAGCUCGGCGGGCAGAGAUUCUUGUCAAUUGGGUUUUCGCGCCGUCCGGGAGCGCCGGAAGCGGGGGCGGGGCCACGACGCAACGUCCUGGACGGGGGAAUCAACGGCGGCUCGCGAGGGCCAAAGCUACGCGCCGCGAACAUUGGCAACCCCCGCUGUCGAUCCGCCGGGGUCUGGGUCCCUAAUCUCCCGCCCCCGCGCAGGGGCUGCUCGGGCGCAGGGAGCCGGCGCCGUCUGCUCCAACGCUGGUCCCCUGGCCGCCCGGCUCUCGGCAGCGGAGCCCGCGACGGGCGCAGGAAAGGCGCCUGCGGCCGGGCUCUUCUCCUGACCCCCUCCCGGCGGCUUCGCAAGGGCUUUAUUCCUCGCCUUUGUCGCGAUCAGCCCCCUUGUGAUUAG